UAAAGGGAAAAGCAGAGACAGGAGGUUGUUAUGGAUGCAUGAAGGCUUCAACGGGAUUGGUUUUCUUAGGAGUAAAGAAACAUAUCCUUCUCAGCGCAUUCAGAGCUUUCUGGUCUUGCUUCAUACCUGCUGACCCUCAGUUUAAGCCGGAGUUUUGUUCCAGAGCUUCAGAGCUGAGAUUUCCUCCCUCUUCCAUCGUCCUGCAGAGCACAAACAGAGCAGCUGAGGCUUGUUAAGCUGUAAGUAAAGCUCUCUGGCAGCCAGCAGCCUGAUUCACCGUUCAAUCACAGAAAUGCUUUGGGAGGACAAAGCCAUUCUCCUCAGCAUUCUGCUGGUCUACAGUUCACCACAAACGCUGGCUGCAGGUGAGAAGCUGGAUGAUGUUCAGUGUGCUGAGAUCAACAACACCAGAUGGCAUGAGUACCGACAGAAUAUGGGCAAACUGGAGGUCCAAUAUCUGCUGCUGACCAGGAAAAAUCCAGACUGUGCACAAAGGUUUGAUCAGGACUAUGUUGGCAAUACAACGUCUUACUUUAACACCUCCCGUCCAACUAAAGUUAUCGUCCACGGAUACAGGGCCCUGGGAAGGAAGCCAUCCUGGGUGACGGAUUUGGCCCAGGCCCUGCUCAGGGCUCAGGAUGCGAAUGUUGUGGUGGUGGACUGGAUUUAUGGCGCUUCUUUCGCAUACAACCUGGUGGUGCAGAAUUACAAGGAGGUGGCUUUGCAGAUUUCUGUUCUCAUCAACCAGCUACAGAAGCAUGGCUGCAAACUGGAAUCCUUCCACUUCAUUGGGAUCAGUCUUGGAGCACAUGUAGCCGGCUUUGUGGGAACUCUGUUCGAGGGAAGGAUCGGAAGAAUCACAGGACUUGACCCUGCUGGUCCCAUGUUUAAAGAUGCUGACGUUUUUGACCGGUUAGACCCCACUGAUGCUCUAUUCGUGGAGGCCAUACACACAGACUCUGAUUACUUUGGCAUCUCUAUUCCUGUAGGUCAUGUGGACUUCUUCCUAAAUGGAGGGAUGGACCAGGCUGGAUGUGUUCGAUCCAGAUUUGCCUCAAUGUUUCUGUUAUUUCCAGUGUACGGCUAUGUGAUUUGUGACCACAUGAGGGCGCUGCAUGUCUACAUGAGCGCGCUAAAUGGCACGUGCCCGUUGAUGGGGAUCCCAUGCUCCUCAUAUGAGGACUUCCUGCAGGGUAGCUGCUUGGACUGUGGGGUCUUCAAGGGAAGAUGUCCAGUGAUAGGUUUAAAAGAAAAUAGCGGGAUUGCCACAUCACCCAUUCCAGAAAAGCAGAAAGUCUUCCUCCUCACGACGUCUUCAUCACCGUUUUGUGCUCAUCAUAUCCUGCUGAGGCUGGAAGUUUCCCCGUUGGAUAAGCGUGCAGAGGUGGAAGUCACACUGCUGACAGGGAAUGAGGAAACAGAGCACCGGUUCAGACUUCAGACUGAUGUGACGGUGUAUCAGAAAGUGUUGGCUCACCCUGCCGCCCUGUGCGAGAUCAGUUCCAUCAGACUGAAAAACACAGGAGCUCGACUCUACAGGCAGGGAGACAUCCACAUCAAGUCUGUCUGCGUCUCAGAGCUCCCCCAACCCCGGCACGAGGAGCCGCUGUGUGUGAAUCACAUCGACAUCAGGCGAGGAGUUCCUUGGUCACAUGACUUUGUACAGGUGUGCGGGACUUUGUGAUCCACUUCAAGGACACUAAUGAAGAUCUUUGAAUUAAAGCUAACUAUGUUACCAUGGAGACAUGCUUUCUCAUUAUAAAGUUUAAUUUGUAAAAUAUAAAUACAAGAGAAAACUCUAUUGAAGAAAUUUUGAUCUGAACU